UACUGUCACCUCUUCUGUCUUCUCUUUAUUAAUUUCUGUCAAUUUUAGUUUAAAUUAAGUAAAAAUAAAUUAUUUUAAGUAUGACGUACUAAUUAGAAACUAUUUAUUUACUGGGUGUGACUUUUUAAAAAAGCAUUUAAGAAAUGGAUCAGGCAGUCACAAAGCUUUUUAAUUCCUUCAUUUAUGAACUCUGACUUGGCUUUUGAAUCUUGUUGAACAAGGUUUGAUGUGGGUGUGUUAAUUCAAAUUCCAAAUCUCUGUGUACCUGCAGUAAAGUAAUCUAGCCACUCCUACAAUAAUGUUCUGACCUUUUCCUCCCAUUGAGACACAGCUUUUAUUUUGUACAGAGAAGCUUAUCUGAUUUCAGACCAGCUUUUUAUACAACUUAAGGGGAAAAUGAUUAAAUAGUAUCUUAAUUUAGUAUGUUCUUGUCGUACUUCAGUGGAGAAUUUUAAGUAUUGACAGGUGCUGCAGGAUUUUUUUUUAUGGUGUGGCUGCGAAUAUACCGUAGUAGGCAAUUAUGAAGAUAAUCUUUCGUGUUGAUGAAUGAUUUCCUUGGUUUUCCUUUUAUUUUAAUGCCCUUUUCUAUUUGGUUCCAUGAGAGGAAAUGUCAAUUCUGUGAGAUCUGCAAACAUUGCUUUUUUUUUCUCAACUGAAUGUUUACCUGGAACUUCCUGGUGUAUUUGGAUUCCUCAUCUGAGUAUGAAUUUAUAAUUCCUUGCUCUCUACAAAAGAGCAAAUAGUUAUUGAACUACGUUGUCAUUUCAUCCAGAACAGUUAAAGCUAUUUAAUCAAGGGAAGUUAUUUCAUGAAAAAGAACUGCAAUAGAUUACUAUGAAAUGGAUUCCUACCGUACAUACUGGGCAUCAAAUAUCUGUAGUAGUCUAAGGUCUGAAAAAAGUCAAGAAGAAAAUACUUUAGAAGUCGAAUCUCGUGUGCCUUUACCUUAUCCUUUUCCUUUUACUGACCAAUUGGAUGAUAAUAAUUCUGUGGUUCUCAAUACAUCACUUUUUUAUGUAAAGCACAAGAAAAAUGGACAUAGAUUAAGAAUUGUUUCAAAAAUUUCUUUGCCUACACCCCCUUAUUCACUUGAACAUGCAAAAGCUACACAAACAGAAUUGAUGCAAGAAUCCUUUAAAUGGGAACAUGAAACUACUGAAUUAACCAAAUGUCAGGAAGAAUUGCAAGAAAGGUUUGAUGAAGAGGUCAGAGCUAGAGAGCAGAUAGCACUGGAACUUAGCAAAGCAGAGAAUCUUAUUGAUGGUUAUGCAGAUGAAAAAUCACUUCUGGAAAAACAAAUCCAGGAAAAGACAGAGGUAACAGAGCAUCUUGAACAAGAGCUACUUCGUACAGGUAACAAAUUACAGGAACUAGAGGCUGAGAGACAGCACCUUCAAGAAGAGAAAGAAUUGCUCUUCAGACAAAAAGAUGCUAUGAAAGCUGAUGCAGGACCUAUAGAACAACGCCUAGUAGAUGCUGCAGUCAAUGCAGCUUCCCAAACAGAGUUGCUGGCGGAGACAGAAAAGUUAAUGAAAGAAAAAAUAGAAGUGCAGCGGCAGGCUGAAAAAGAAUACAAUUACCUUCAAAAGCAGGUGAAGGCCCUGGAAACUGAUAUAGAGGAGCAGGUCAACCAGUUUUUGGAGCUAGAGCAAGAAAAAAAUGCAGAGCUAAUGGAUCUAAGGCAGCAAAAUCAAGCUCUAGAUAAACAGCUUGAGAAAACAAAAAAAUUUCUAGAUGAACAGGCAAUUGAUAGGGAGCAUGAGAGAGAUGUUUUCCAGCAAGAAAUACAAAAGCUUGAGCAACAGCUUAAAAUUCCUCAAAGAUUUCAACCAGUCAGUGAACAACAAAAUAGAGAGGUUGAAGAGUUAACAAAUAAUCUUCAGGAGAAAACAGAUAAAUGUAAUGAGCUUCUGCUCUCUAAGGAGCAACUUCAGAGAGAUGUGCAAGAACGGAAUGAAGAAAUUGAGAAAUUAGAAUAUAGAAUUCAAGAACUGGAACAAGCUUUAAUGAUCAGUGCAGACAAUAUACAAAAGGUGGAAGGAAGAAAGAAAUUUGGGUCUGCAACUAUAAGGAGGGACUUGCCUCUAGAAGUACAGCUACAGGCUGAGCAAGAAGCUGUAGACAGGAAGGAAAAAGAGAUCGUAAAUCUUGAAGAACAGUUAGAACAGUUCCGUGAAGAACUAGAAAACAAAAACGAAGAAGUGCAGCAGUUACAGAUGCAGCUACAAAUUCAGCUAAAAGAGUCUACAACUCGACAACAAGAACUUGAACAAGAAAAUAAAUUAUUUAAGGAGGACAUGAAACAAUUGGGUCAAGCUAUCCAGAACCCUGAAGAUACUUCUAUAAAGGGUCAUCAUCAAGUUCCUGGAAAAUAUAUAGAGAUUAUACAGGAAAAGGAACAAAAAAUCCAUGAACUGCAAGACCAAAUUUCAAAAUUGCAACAGCAGAUGGAAAUUACAACAGAUAAUAAAUUGUUUGAGCAGAAAAAUGAGCACAUAAAAGAACUGGAAGCCCAAAUAGAAAUUUUAAAGAGUGAUCAAGAACGUGUCAAGCAGAACAAUGAACAAGAAAUAGAACAGCUAAAUGAAGUCAUUGAAAAACUCCAGCAGGAAAUGGAGAAUAUUGAACACAAGAUACCUUUGGACUUUUCACUGACUCAAGAUGAUUUUGAUAAUUUAAAACACCAGCUUGAUGUUGUAUUGGCAGAAAAGGAAGAUUUAGUGAUACAAGUGGAAAAUAAUGUUAAGCAGUUAUGCAUUGCAAAGAAUGAACUUGAAAGAAAACAAAUUAACAUAGUAAAAUUAGAGAAAGAACUAGAUACACUGAAAGAAGAACUUGAAAAAGCUAGAGAAAAAUCUAAACAAAAUAUAAACAUAUGCCAACAACAAGAUGCACAAAUAAAUACAAAGCUUGAAGAAGAUGCUUCUAGAACAAGUAUAAAUUUUCAGGUACUUGAGAAAGCUCUAGAGGAGAAGGAUUUGGAGUUAAUCCAAUGCAACAAGGAUUUCAAGGAUUUCAAAGACCAAGCCCAUAUGGCAUCAGACCAGCUCAAACAAAGAAUAAUGGAGCUAGAAGAAGACCUUGAACAAAAGGAACAAAAGAUUGCUGCAACCCUUCAACAUCAAGCUGAAUUGAAUGUGGUUCUGGAGCAAAGUCAGCUUUCUCCCCUGGUAGCUGCAGUUUCAGAAGGUAACGAAGAAGCCCUAUGUAUUCCAUUAGAAAAUGCAAAAUAUAUAGAUAGGGAAGAUGCAACAACUAGGUUAUUAGAGCUAUCAGAGAAACUUUCAGAGAUGCAGAGCCAAUUGACAGAUGCACAAAAUAACCUUCAACUAGAAAGAACAAAACUGGAAAAUGUACAGAAGGAGACAAAAGAAAAGGAAGAGAAACUUGUUGAACUUAAACAACUGCUAAAAGAAAUAGAACAAAGGCAUAAAGAAGAGAAAUUGUCAAGUUGUCAGGAAAAGUUGCAAACUCAGGUGGUCACAGAGCUGGAUGAAAACAAGCAAGGAAAUUAUCUUGAAUUAGAAAAAGUCAGAGCGGAGUCAGCUGCAGCCAAGGAAGAGCUUAAUAACUACAAAGAAAAAGCAGAGAAAUUGAAAGGACAGUUACUGGUAAAAGAAAGAAACCUGAUUUGUCUUAAAGAUGAAUUAGAGUAUAUCAGGGAUAAAUUAGCACAAGCAGAAGAAAAAAUUGCUGGAUAUAUAAAGAAGGAAAAGAAUAUUAUAAAACCAGAGCAAAUAGAUGCCAAAUGGAUAAAUGCAUCAAGUCAGACUGAAAAAGCACAGCAGAUCAGUAGCUGCAACCAGACUUCACAACUCCUUGUGAAAAGUGAAGGAAUUCAGAUUGAUUUACAAAACGAAUAUUCUUCAGCAGAAGUUACAGAACUCAUAAAAGAAUUUAAUGAAAAAAUUGAACAAAUGCAGGAAUUACAUGCUGCUGAAAUAAUGGACAUGGAAAUGAGACACAUCUCAGAAUCAGAAGUAUUGAAAAGAGAACAAUUUAUUGCAGUACAGGAGUUAACAGAAGAAUGUAAUGCUUUGAAAAAUGUUAUAGAUGUUCUAAGAAAUAAAGAGGCAAUCCCGGGUAUAGCACAGUCGGUAACUUCUGUUGCCAAUGAUAGAUCAUAUUGUGACUCUGCUUCAGACUGGAACCAAGAAACAUACCUGACUCCAAGCCAUGGAUCAGAAACCAUAUCAGAUGCUGUAGGAGAGGAAGGUGAAACAAUGGAUUUUCUUCCAAAGAAAAUCAAGGGUUUGCUAAGAGCUAUUCAUCACGAGGGCGUGCAGGUACUUUCUCUCACAGAAUUUCCUUACAAUGAAGGUGAAGUUCUUCCUACUAAAAAAGAACUAGUACCUUGGCUAGAAGAACGCAAGGCUUUCUUAAGCAGUAUUUCAUCUCUGAAGGAAUUAAUUGCCAAAAUGCAGAUUCACAGACAAACCAAGUUUUAUGUAGCAUCUGAAUCUUCUGAUGAUGUCUCAGAUUGGCGGGCUGAACUGCUCUAUGCUGUUCAACAAAUUUUCCAAAAAGAAAAGGAUAUUCUUUUAACAGCAUUUCGGACUGAAUUGGCAGAAGUCGGUGUUCAAGAUACUUUGGGACUAAUAGAUCAGCUGGAAAGGAGACUUCAAGAACAGGUGACAUAUCAGAGGAGUGCUUUGGAUUUCCUUCAGAAUGCGGACAGACAAAGUUUGUUAAUGGAAACCAAUAUUUUGCAUGCACAGCUAAUCAGGCAAGGUGAAGAAAAGGAAGAAAUAGAAAUUCAUCCAAAAUGUCAAGAACUGUUGGAAUACAAUAUGGAAAUGCAAAUAGAGCUCAAAAAUACCAAGGACAGAACAGCUGAACUUCAAGAGCAGCUCAGUUCUGAAAGGAUGGUGAUUGCAGAACUGAAGAAUGAACUUGGGCAAACCAAGCUGGAAUUGGAAACAACCCUAAAAGCACAACAUAAGCACUUGAGGGAUCUGGAAGCUAUCAGAAAUGAACUUAAGGGAAAGGCAACUGAACUUGACAUCUUAAAAAACACGAUUACAAAUGAACAGAAAAAAUCAAGGGAGUUUCAAUGGGCCCUGGAGAAGGAGAAAGCAAAAGUGGAACACAGUGGUAAAAGAGAAAAAGAAGAAAUUGAGGAUUUGAAAUCUUCUUUUGAAAAUGAAAGACAGAAGAAUAUAGAACUGAGUAAUCUUUUGGAACUUGAAAGAGAGCUGUCAAAUGAUUUGCAAAAGAAGAUUGAAUCCCAGGAAGCACUAAAUGCAGUACAACUAUCUGAGGAGCACAGCUGUAAUUCUGAGCUCCAAGUACUGUUGGAAUCUGAGAGGCUCAAAGUUCUUGAGUUAUGCAGUGCCCUAGAGAGAGAAAAAGAUUUACGUGCCCAGCUCCAGAUGAUUGAACAGACAAAGCGGGAUGGAAGUUCUACACAUUCAGAAGAACUGUUCAAAGAUUUGCAAAAGCAGUUGGAUGAAAAGCAUAACCGUAUAGUUCUAAUGGUUAACGAAUUGGAAGAGAACAAAUUGGAAUGUGUGAAAUUGAAACAACAGUUGGAAAAAGAGAGGCAGAUUCAGAGGAAAACUCUACAGGCAGAACAAGAUGCUAAUAUCUUGGCACAGAAAAAAAUACAUGAACUGGAGUCCAGAAUGGAAGACUUGCAGUGGCAACUUGAAGAAGAGAGACAACAAGGUCUUCAGUUGCUGGGUAAUGGAAAAAAACAGCAAGACAUGGUUGAAGAAUUACAGCAAAAAAUACAGAGAAAAGAGGUAGAAUCGCAGGAGGAAAAAGCAACAUGUCAUGCUGUAAAUGAGGUUGCUUUGGAUGAAUCUAAUGAACGAACAAGAAAGUGGAUUUUCCAGCAGAAAAUGGGACAAGCUGAAACAAAAGAAUUAUCUUACUCUUCCUUAAUGGGCAUUGGAGGAGGAGGAGCAGGUGAUGCCUCCAGACAAUGUCAAGAGCUUGAGAUGGUUCGGCAGAAGCUCAAAAAUGUGUUUUCCAAGUUGAAACACUUGGCCAAUAAAGCUGCCUGCAGGUUACCCUUUGAAAGAUCAGAUGAUGAAGACUUAAUUGGAAUACAAACUGACAUUGAAGAAGUUCUAUUAAAAUUGCAAGUGCUCUCUGAUUUAUAUAGCCUGGAGAUUAAUUCAGAUUGCCCAUCUUCAGCCUCAUUGACUGAAAGACUGCUAAAACAGAAUGCUGAAUUGACUGGGUUUGUCAGUAAAUUGAGUGAGGACAAGAACAAUAUGAGGAACACAGUCAUGAAACUGGAGGAGGAACUGAGAAGAUAUCAAUACAAAGGAUCUUGUGGAGACUCAACUUUUAGACAGUCAUUACAUAAUGGAAGAAAUGUUGAUGCACUGAUUGCUUCUGAAAAAGAAAUCUGGCAUAAAGAGAAAUUAAGUCUUCAACAGUCCCUCAAGCAGGCGGAAACCGAACUGGCCAAACUGAGAGCAGAAUUAAGAAAUGAGGCUUUCUUGAGAGAACUGGGAUCAGAUUCUGAAAAUGCAGCUUUAAAGAGAGUUUAUGGAAGGUACCUGAGAGCAGAGAGCUUUCGGAAGGCUCUCAUCUAUCAAAAGAAAUAUUUGCUGCUCUUACUGGGUGGCUUUCAGGAGUGUGAAGAAGCCACUUUAACUCUUAUUGCAAGAAUGGGUGGGCAGCCUUCCUACACUCAACUGGAGGUCAUUACACACCAUUCAAAAAGUUUUACCCGAUUUCGCUCAGCUGCUAGAGUGCUAAUUGCAAUUUCAAGAAUGAAGUUCCUAGUUCGAAGGUGGAAACGAGUUACUGGUUAUCAUUUAAUUGGCGUCAACAGAGAUAGUUGUAGUCAGAACACAGGUAACGAGUUACGGUCCGAUUCAUUUUCUGGUAGUCUGGAACUCUGUGGAGAACAUAGAGCUGCUUCUUAUAGAUCCAGAUCGGAACUGGAAUCUCUCAGAUCUCCUUUUUCUUAUCAGCAAAGGUAUCAGGGCAUCCAUACUGAUUUCAGCCCAGUUUCCCUUGCAUGUUCUCAGCUGCAGAAUUACGAUCCUGAUAGAGCUUUAACAGAUUAUAUUAAUCGUCUGGAGUCCCUACAGAGACGACUUGGCAAUGUACAGCCAGCAUCUGCUUCACAAACUCAGCUGCAUUCUGCUCUCCGAAGAUAAUCUUAGAAAUAUUUUUGCCACCAAUAGUAAAAUCAAAUGAAAUGCCUUCUGCAAAUUAUCCUGCUGCUGUGCUUUUGUACAAUGUCGUGGGACCAACAUGAACACAGUUCAACAAUUGUAUGCAGUUCACCUUGCUGUCACCACACAAAGAUUAGAAGUUAUGUAUAUAGGCACUUUUUGUGGUUGUUUGAGCUUGAUUAUUAAAUCUCAUGUAUAUUUGUGGAAUGCUAAUUUAAACACUUAAAUUAUUAAAGUGUGUAUUUAUCAAAGGGGUGAGAGGGUAAAACCUUUAAGUAUUGAGAUUACUGAAUGCAUAGGAGCACAACUUUUUCCUCCCAAUAAGGUCUAAGUGAAGGACUUUUCACAAUUUUAUUCUAUUUGCUACUGGCAUCGCAGAGAGAAAUAUCACUUCUAGAGACCUAUUUUUGUACAGGUAGAACUUUUGGAUUUUCUGGUUAUUUUGUCAAAGUGCUGAAAUAAAGAUGAUUUCAUCAUUUUAA